CCCAAUCACAAAUACUUUGCGUGUAAUUCAAGAACAGACGAAAUCACUGUCGUUCGAAUGGAAACCGAUGAAGCACGAUUCGUUUUCAUAUGUUUAUUUAAAACAACCAGCAAACUUAUUAAGCAGCACUACAAAAUAUAUUUAUGCAGGAGAUAUUGGAAAUUUGCCAACCAUUGGGAAACCGUGCGAAGCGACAAAUUAUGAAGCUAGUGGUUACUAUAGUUGGUCAGAAAUGGAUUGGUGGUUUUCAACAUAUUACAUUGAAUAUGAACGAGUUCCGAGGAUCGAAAAUGUUCGAAUACAAAUGCAGUCUGACUCGUCUUCACGUAAAACAUUGGAAAGAGAAGAAUCACCAUGUGAAGUCGACACCACAGUGAUGUUUAGAGGACAUUCGAAAAAUAAAUUGGAGAUGUUCAUCAUGCCACGAAAUCAAGUUGAAUAUUAUAUGAACCACACAGAAGUAAAGGAAAGAAGCACAGAAGUGUUCAUUCUGUUCAAUAGACGUGGAGACCGUUUCUCUUUACCAACAAUCGGUAAUAUUUUUUUCAUGUCUAUCAUUGUUUGCAAAAUUUUCCGAUAUUAAAAGGUUAGUGAAGAAGAUGAUGUGUAUAUUCGAAAGUUCAGUGCUUACAUUUCACAGUCACACAAUACAAGAUAAUUACAAAAGUUGCCACAUAGUGACAUUUAUCAUGUAGAUCUAGGCCAGAUGUACAAUUAUAAAUAUUGUGUUGCCACAUAGACGAUAAAUUGGUAUCAUUGUCCGUACGGACAAGUUAUUGACUGAUGUCUGUUGAAUUAUCAAGUUCACAGUCCACAUCGCCUAUUCAAUCCGAUAACAACUGAAAACAUAAGGAAGAUCAGUGUCGAGAAAAUGAGGCCACCAUUGAUAUGAAUCGAUGGCAUUUCAGAUUCUUGAAGUGUUGAAUAUGGCGAAGUAUAUUAAUCACGAUAAUUCAAUGACAACCAUGACAUAACACGUACCAUGUCUCUGGUAACAGAUAUUGAGAUGGGCACAAAUUGUCCUUAAUUUUGAAGCAUACUUCAAAUCAUUUCGAAUAGACACAACACGCCUAUAUUUCCAAAUAAAUAACUAGAGAUAAGCGGUGAUUUUCUUCUCUAUUGCUGUCACGUUCAGGCGAUUGAAUGACGUGAAUCGUUGCGAAAGAUUACGGGUAUGACGAACCAUUGAAUCACAUAUACGUCAGGCUGUCACAGAGCAUGGUGUUUGUCUGGUGUUGCAAGAAUCUACAGACCUGAAAUUGCAGUUGGAAUACUUAGAUUUUUGAGCUGUGUUAUUCUUCUUUGCUGAGUAUAAUUUUCUUAACAUGAUGUUUCAUUUUCAUAUAGUAAACAAAGGUGUUUAUUUUCAAACUUUUCUCUCUUCUACCGGAAUCAAAACGAAAACGUCAUGAAUGUGAGUUCACCGAAUAAACUAUCAAAUGAUUGAAAACACUUCGUUUCUGUAACGCAUUUCUAGUAGUAGGAUGAAGAGAAGUCAUUGAAUUGACCAAUUGACCAAUAGUCCAAGUGACGAUGCACUAAAAAUACUUGACGGGUCACUGAGUUGUGUAUGCUUGUACACCAUGAGGUCCUAUGAUGUUCAAUAUUGUAGAGAGAUUAGGCGAAAAUCGUGUGUUUUGCAUCCACAGCAACGUCAAUAUACGUUUGCAUUGAGGUUUGAGUGGCUAAAUUUGAAUUUCGAGUGAAGUGUUCAUAUUUAAUACUUUAUCCAGUGUGAUUUAUAGCGAAAUAUUUUGAUUGGAUUUUAGAAAACAAAAGUUAAACGUAAGUUACCAAAUUUGUUACCAUUGACGUUGUACAUAAUAGUGAACUAAAAGUUUCAAAAAUUUACAGAUUAUAUUUUCUCAAUAUAAAUAUAGGUAAUUGUGUACUUGAUAUCAUAUAUAAUUUGGUAAAAUACAUCUAUUUUAAUCGACAAAAAUUUCGUCGAAAAGUGAUCUUCAUUCAUAUACACAACAAAUACCAAACUCUGUGUAACUACAAUAGAAAAGAAAAGAAAAUGUGCUAUCGGUUUGAGCAUUCAAUUUACGACAAACGAAAUAAUAAGGGUGCCAUUUAACAAACAAGAGAAAUAACAAUCAACAUGGAAAUAGAUAAGUGGCCAAGAAAAAACAGAAAUUACAGAGGAUAUUCAUGACUAAGAAUCGUACACAGCAUUACCUAAAGUGAAAAAAUAAAAAGAUGAAAAAUUGAAUAAGCUUUUAAUAUGACAAGAUCAAAUACCUGGCUAAAUCACACUUGUCUUGAGCACGAACUAAUUCAACAGCAACGACUUAAGCUAUGUCAUUGAAAGGAUUUAUAAGAUUGUGUUCAUCAACUGAUUCACCACACUGAAUCAUCAAUAUUUUCACAUACCUAUAAUACUUGUAUUUUGCAGAUGAACUAACGAACAAGAAAGUGAACAAAGGAAGAUCGACAACGCAAACGGAAUAUGAACUACCAGACAAGAAACUGAACAAAGAAGGAUCGACAACCCAAACGGAAU